AUGUCAUCUCCUCGUGCUCCGGAAGAAGAGGCUAUACAGCCUGAUGCUGCUUUACAGAGUGUCACUGACGAUGAGGCUUACGAUAAUGAGAGUGAGCGGUCAUCUUUGACAUCUCUGACAUCGUCUAUUCUACAUGGAAAGGUCGAGGGCGGAAGAACCUACGCCGUGUAUGGCAAAGAGGAAUAUGGAUUGCCAAUGGAUGAGGCUGAGCUUGAUCGCAUCGAUAUGUGCCAUGCUAAAUACUGCGCUUUGAUUGGAAAGAACCGAUACUUGGCGCCUCUAGAGAAGCCUCAGAGAAUUCUGGAUCUUGGCUGCGGCACAGGUAUAUGGUCAAUCGAAAUGGCAGAAGAGUUUCCAUCUGCAGAGGUCAUUGGGACGGAUGUUGCACCGACACAACCUGACUGGGUACCACCAAACUGUCACUUUGAGGUCGACGAUAUUGAAAGAGAAUGGACAUGGAAAGAAGAUAGCUUCGACUUUGUUUAUGCCCGAGAUCUUCUACUAGCAAUUCGAGACUGGCCGGCUCUGAUCGACCAGACAUACACACAUCUUCGAGGGGGCGGAUGGGUUGAGUUCCAAGCCAUCGUCGGCGUUCUCGGCUGCGACGACGACUCCAUCCCUGAAGACAGUUAUCUCCGCAAAUUCUCAACAAUGAUGGAGCAGGGCUCUGCGAAAUUUGGUGCCAGUCUGACAGACCCCAUGCGGUGGAAGGGCUGGCUUGAAGAGCGCGGAUACCAGAAUGUCACAGAGCGAGUUUUCAAGCUUCCUUUCAACCCUUGGCCCAAGGAUCCGCGUAUGAAGCUCCUUGGGGCUUGGGAGAUGGAGAAUCUGCUAAGUGGACUUGAAGCCAUGGUGACGAGGAUGUUUCAGAAAGGUCUUGGAUGGACGGAUGCUGAAGUCACUGUCUUCCUUGCAUUUUUGAGAAAGGAAAUUAAGAAUCCAAGGAUGCAUGGGUAUUGGCCUUACUAUGUUGUUUACGCUCAGAAGCCAAAAGAGGAUUGA